AAUUACAAUGCUUGAAGGAAUCAUGGGACAAACGUCCAUAUGCUUGUUAUGCAGUCAGAACAGCCAUGACGAAGUAUUCCGUGCUGCCAAUCCAUUUAUGGAAUUAAAUUUUGUCGAUACGAUUGGCAGCGCUUCUGUGCAAUCAGUCUCUCAUGCAAAGUCUUCACCAUCAGUAUCAAUGCUCCUUGAGUCGGUCGGGAAAUCAAGUCUGGAGUCAACUUCUUCAAUCCCUGUUUUCACUUCUCUUAAUCUGUUGCCACGUUCAGUGCCAACUGAGAAGAAAACCGAUGAACACAGUGACAUUUCAAACUUUGAGAAUGAGGAAAGCAGCCAACGGAAAGCUAGGAAGUUCCCGAAGAUCAUAUUCGUGAUAGACAUGGAGCUACUUGGAUACAGUGAUGAAGUGACUCUAACUGCACAGACGACUGUGAACGUUUCAAGUUUUGACGAGUUGUCAAAUUCUUAUAGAAUUGCAGGGAUACACAGGAACAGCAUACCACGGGGAGAGGUAUAUGCUUCGCAUUCGUUUCAUCUCCCUAACAUAUUGCAAGCUGCUGGCGAAGUCCUGACUGAUAUACGGUACGAAGUCGAUAGUGCAACUGCUGAUUAUAUACCGUUAUGGCGAUUGGGUAUUGAGAAGCUCGCAUACGACAUUGAUGCGUGUCUUCGCCGGCAAGUGUCGUUAAGAAAAGCGGAUUUUCCUUUGUAUGCAACACAAAACAAAUCUGGAGUAAUCGCUACUCUUCAUCUAAUUCGUCGGAUUGCAACGGGACGGACUGAAUCAUUGAAUUUAUUCGUAAAGGGAUGGAAGCACAUCCUGAUUAAACCAUUGAAUCUUAGAUUUGGUCUUCUGUUUUCUACGUCAAAUGAUGCUAUGCUUAAAAGCUGCUGAAACUAAACUUGACGACAAUGACGCUAAUGGUGCUAGUAAUCAUGGAAGCAGCAGACAAGAACAUUAGCUGUUUGCUGAGAACUCUCUAGAGAAAACUCUUAAAGUCGUGUCUGAGUGGAUGCAUGUAAACCAUUAUCGCUCAAAGGGUGUCUUCGCAGAUGAGCUGAAGUUGUGGGAUACUAUUCUUGAGUGUCUGGCACUAUCUGUCACUUUGCAGCAGACGUGGCAUCGUUUGGUGCAGGCAAAUUGAGUUAUCGUUUACAGCAGGUUCGAUUUUGAUGGCAUACGAGUUUUUAUAAUUAUUAUUCUUGUACCUUGAGGUUGACGUAGAAAUGUUAUUUGACGCAUCUAAUCAGGUUAUUUUGCAUGCCGCCAUUACUGAAGUCUUCCAAGCAAUAUUAGAAAAUACAGUAGAUCGAUGACUGAAGGAUGAAGAAUAUCUAAAGAAGAGUGUCGAUAGUCUAAUGAAAACGUUUAUAUCAAGACCGUACCACUGCCACUUCUCUACCAACAUGUUGGAGUUGAUCUUGAUAAAAAGCUGUCCUAAAUCAGAUCUUCUCUUUCCAGAAAGAGAUAGAGAAUGGUUUGAGCAUCUCCUGUCAUGGCCAGUGUGGUCUACCUAUUUUCGUCUCAUUGGUAUUGUUACUCAAGUCAGGUAGCUGGUAAACUGUAUAGCGAUUUUUGCUAUUUAGGCUGUAAUAAUAUGAGAAGACUUGGAGUAGUAUGCAACGAACUUAUCUCAAAGGCUGAAUCACUGUUGGUUGAAUUAGUAAAUGCGUUGAAAACCGGUGUGAUAACGGUAUCUGAGACUAAAAAGCCAAUGCAAAGAUCAAAAUGCUUCCUUAACCUGUUCAAGUCACAGGACGAUCAGCAAAGCAGUCAGAAGAUUACACGGAUGCUGAAACGUAUCUGGGCUAUCAUACUAGAGAAAUAGAUCGUUAUGAUGAAGAACGGCGUUUGCUUAGCCACUUUGUAAGCAUUUAUAGUCUAGUCGGUGGGGCCGUUCUGAAGACUUGGAUCAACUGACUCAUAGCAUUACUGCAGAUGUAAAAAUACGAAAUCUUAGACAACAAAGUGCUGACCAGUCUUCAUCAGUGUCUUGUUUUGCGAUACCCUCGGGUUGUCAUCAAUAUAUUGAGCUUACUUGGAGAGCUCGCAGGAGUUAUAUCUUUAGUAAGCUUUGGAAAGAAAAGAGAAACGAAGUAGCUCGGUUACGUAGCCACAAGCAGUCACCCCCUAGGCUGUCGGAGAUCAUCGAAAUGAUAUGGGAGCCUGUUAGGCGUCAGUGGUAAACAAUUUGCGACCAAUUUUUAAGCGGCAGUAUUUCCUUAGGGCUAGAGUCAGAUUUGUUUUGUAAUCCGGUGAUUAAAAAUUAUUUUCUUGAAGAAGAACUGCAUUGUAUUGGUGUUUUCUACGAACGGAAAGAGGACACCGAAUGGAAGCAACAACGUAGGAAACAAGUAGAACAAUGCAGCUUAUUAAAAAUUACUAUUGACGCAACACAAACUUUGAAGCAAGUGAUGUCUUCAUUACAAAUACGUCAAGAUUUCAAAGAGAUUGAUUAUUAUAGCAGGCAGGUUAGCCGUUUACUUCUAAUCAGUGAUCGGAUUACUAGCUGCAUUGGCAAGGAUUGUUCAUUUGCAUGCAGGACCUGCCUGAGUUUCUCCAACAGCUAAAACGAAUGCGUGCCGAUGACUUAGUAUCUGCUGGCGGUUUUCUAGCUUCUUUGACCUGUGAGGAUACUGCUUAUUUGAAAUCGUUCACCGAUUCUCAGAAUUUAGUUCAACGGCACCGACGGAAUAUCAAGGAAUGGACAGAGCUAGAGACUCUUGUUGAAAGAGCAGGCGAAAUAGCAGGCAUUACGAGGCAAAUGGAGAGGUUUAUGACAAAGCGACACAUUUACUUGCUGCUUGUGCCGGAUUCGCUCCGUUCCUUUUUGAUGUAAAGGAUGACAUCACAUUUAAAUCAUUUGAAGUAUGCUGUACCAGAGUAUUGACGUCAUUCCGUCGUGACAAGGAUUUAAUACAGAAAUGGAAAUCCAGUGAGCGGUUCUUUGAAGCAUUAAUAAGUCUGACAGAUUCUUUUAGGAGCGCAUAAAUCUAAUCAUACUCUCAACUUUUUAUGAGUAGCCUAGAAACUGCCGGUUCUGACGCAGUUGACAUCGAUAUAUCAUGCUGUAUGGUAUACUUUACCAGCUACGUCUUUAUUGUAGUGGCAGUCAAGAGCAAGGUGGUUGUCAGCUAGUUUUACAGCUUAUGCAUUUAUAAUAUCCAGUCGAGUGACAAACGAUAGACAAGUUAUUUAAAUGAGUCUGAA